UCAUGUUGGUGGCACUGGGCAUGGCUGGCCGGCAGGAAUGAUCGUUGUAGAAAUGGUGGGAUUUGUAUAAGAAGGUGAAGCGAAGUUUUGUAUUGUAAUAUAUACAUUGUGUAAAUCACUUGCCUGUAUUUAAAAUGGAAUUUAUUGUGGCUAAUGUUGAUAAUAUGAAAUUUGAUAUAGAGGUGGCAUUAGAAGAACAAUAUGGAGCCUUACCAUUACCUUUUGCCGGAAUGGAUAAAUCGAUAGCAGCAGUAUGUGAAUUUUAUCCAAAAGGUAGCUGUCAGAAAGGAGCAGCUUGCCCUUUUCGUCAUGUCCGUGGUGACAGAACAAUUGUCUGUAAGCACUGGCUUCGUGGCUUGUGCAAAAAGGGUGAUCAGUGUGAAUUUCUGCAUGAAUAUGACAUGAGCAAAAUGCCAGAGUGUUACUUCUACUCCCGAUUCAAUGCGUGUCACAAUAAGGAAUGUCCUUUCCUUCAUAUUGACCCAGAAAGUAAGAUAAAGGAUUGCCCCUGGUAUGACAGAGGUUUCUGUCGGCAUGGGCCAAAUUGUCGUCAUCGCCAUGUGAGGCGUGUUUUGUGUAUGAAUUAUGUUGCUGGACUUUGUAUAGAGGGACCAGAAUGCAAAUUUAUGCAUCCAAGGUUUGAGCUACCAGCGACAGAUGUUCAGCAGAAAGAUGGAAAGAAGUUGAUUAUCACAUGUCACUACUGUGGGGAGACUGGUCACAAGGCAAUGUACUGUAACAAAAUGCCUCCAGAAAUGAAGGAAGCGCAGUCCAAACAGGAGGACUUCAGGGUAAAGAACUUGAUGUAUGUUCCCAAAGAAGGAACAAGUCCAGAAGAAAAUACUGUCAAACCACCUCAGAAGCCAUUAGAAGAAGUGACUUGCUUUAAGUGUGGUUGUAAGGGACACUAUGCCAAUAAGUGCCCAAAGGGACAUUUAGCUUUCUUAAGUCAAAGUCAGAAUCCACUGCCUUCAGGAAACUUUAGGCGGAGUUGAGAGAGAACUUGACUUUCCUAGGAGUGGAAGUGUUGAUUUCUGAAAUAUUUUAGAUGGACAGUUCAGCAUAGCUAUUUUUUUCAGAUAAGCAUAAAUAAACACAUGUAUAUGCUAAGGCGACUGGUACCAUAGAACUAGGAACAUAUUCACCAUUGAACUUUACAUCUUUAAAUUAAAGAACAGAGUAUGUAUGCUUUUUUACAUGUGAAUAAAUUUUAUAAUUUAUUA